AUGAUGUGUUUCUCUGGAGCAGUCAUGCCCCUCGGGGCACUCAGCGGCACGAGGCCCCCAGACACCUGUGGCACGAUGCCGCUGGCCGACAUUUCGCUCCCGAACAACACCCGCUACAUCGGCCAGGAGGUGCCCGACGCGUGCACCGUCGCCGAGUGGAAGAGACUCCUGGAGGACGGCCGCCUGGUCGGGGAGAAGAUCUUGUGGGCCCGGCGCCUUCGGUGCAGCGCGGGCGGCAUGGCGGCGGAGGCGCUGGAGGAUGCUGACGCGCUGCCUACCCAGCCGCAGCCAGUUUUCGUCUACGGACCAGACUCUGUGAUCACGAUGUUGGACUCUUUCCUCAGCAGGGCUUGA